AUGUCGUACAUGCUUCCGCAUUUACAUAAUGGCUGGCAGGUCGACCAAGCCAUCCUUUCCGAGGAAGACCGUGUGCUGGUAAUUCGCUUUGGGCAUGACUGGGAUCCAACAUGUAUGAAAAUGGAUGAAGUUUUGUAUAGCAUAGCUGAGAAGGUAAAAAACUUUGCUGUGAUCUAUCUUGUGGAUAUAACAGAAGUACCCGAUUUUAACAAGAUGUAUGAGUUGUAUGAUCCGUGUACAGUCAUGUUCUUCUUCAGGAACAAGCACAUCAUGAUUGACUUGGGGACAGGUAAUAAUAACAAGAUAAACUGGGCAAUGGAAGAUAAGCAAGAGAUGAUUGACAUUGUGGAAACUGUUUAUCGUGGUGCUAGGAAAGGCAGAGGUCUGGUGGUGUCUCCUAAGGACUACUCAACAAAGUACAGAUAUUGA